AAAUCCCAUAUAUAGCGGUGGCCUAAUCAAAUGCUUUGCUUUUUCCCUCAUUUUGAGGAGAAAAUUUAGAAACUUACCCACAGGAAAUGUGAUCUCCCCUAUUAAAUUAACCAACAAAAAGGAACUUCUUUGUAGCAUAGUUUUCCGACGGGUUAGAUUUGAGUUUUCCGAAAAAAAAAAAACAAAAAAAUAGAAGAAGAAACUUCAUCCGGAGCCGAUCUAACCCGCAGAUUUUCGCUUUUUGUUGGCGAAAAAUUCUGCAUUCAAUUACCGCGAAGAAAAUUUGUUCACACUUUCUGCGUGAUUUUUCAAAAAAGCCAAUAAUCCUUUCCCCCGAGCAGAUGCGGAAAAGAAUCCCUAAUAAGAGGCUUUAACCUAAGAAAGGACUCCAGAGACUCAAAUUCUACCGGUGAAGAAGAAAAAGAAGGGAUAAUCAUGGAUAGCCGCACGAUCGGGUCAGGCGACCCGAGCAAUGGCGAUUUCGGAGCGGGGGACACGAAGUGGACCUGGGAAGAGGACAAGCAAUUCGAAAACGGCCUUGUUGAUUUUCCGGAGGACUUUCCCGAUCGGUGGGGGCAAAUCGCGUCCAGGAUCGCGACUAAAUCGGCGGCGGAUGUUGAGCAGCACUACGCCGUUUUGUUGGAGGACUUAAGGGCUAUUGAGUCGGGGAUGGUCGAGUCGCCGGAAUACAGGGAUAGGGACGUGGGCAGGUCGUCGGAGCCACAGAAAUGCCCUAAAUCGGAGAAGAAGCAAACUGGCGGCGCCCAGAGGAAAACAGGCAGGCCGUGGACCGAGGAUGAGCACAGGCUGUUUCUUCUUGGGCUGGAAAAAUAUGGAAAAGGAGAUUGGAAAAGCAUUUCAAGAUACAUGGUCCUAACAAGAAACCCUACUCAAGUUGCAAGUCAUGCACAAAAGCACUUUGAACGUCAGGAAAAAGAGGAGCAAAGCAAGAAAAGACGAAGCAUUUUCGACAAUUCCAUUGCUGAUAACAGUUCUAUGACCAAGUUCGCGAACUGAUUUUCCGGUAAUGUUUUUCAUAAGUUUGAUUAACAUUUGAGGUUAAGUGAGGAGAGGGGAACUAAAUUUGGUUCAUAUUUUGUGGCAUUUGAUGCCAACUGCUCAGGAUUCUGUACUCUUUUUAAGCUUCUAGUGAUGGAGGCUUAGUAAUUAACUUUCUAUACGAGCAGUGAUUCUCUCCAACUUGGAAUUUUUAUUCAGUUGCAUUCGAUGAUAAAAUACAGAUUACCAACGCGUUAUUU